AUGGUUUUAAAUAAUAUUUUAAAAAUUAUUUUACUACUGAGUUCAUUCAUCAGAACGUGUGAUUGCAGUUUAAUCAAAACGAACCAUAACCUAGGCUUGGGCUUGUCAAGAAGCGCCCUGGAAAACCUUUGCAAAAAAUUAGAUGACCCCAAAAUCACAAAAAAAUGUAACAUAGUCUCAUGUAUAGGUGCAAAUAACUGGAAACAGAGAUUCUUCAUAGAGAAUAAUUUUGGACUCGAUCCAAGCAAAUCUUCAACGAUAAGCGGACCACUUAAGUCAAGUAAGAGGGAUAGUAAUAAGAAAAUUUCAGGAAAUGAUCUCUGGGAACACAGUGUCCAGGAUGGAUAUAACUUGCUCCUGGACUCUGAAAUACCAAACUUUGAAAAUGAACUAAAAAGCACCGUAAAUAAUAACUCAAUAGUUAACCUGUCAGCACUUUCAAAGUGUAUCUUAAUUUACCUUAACGAAGAUAAUUUCGACCACAACAACGGAGAAAUAACAUUGAACCAAAAUGUAAAGAUAUUCCUUCAAAAAUUGUCAAAAAGGCUGGAUUUAGAACUAGGAAGGAACGAAAAGAACGUAAAAGAUAUAUACAUAGUUCUGCCUGACUUUAAAUCCUUCCAAAAAAAGGUAAUUAAUCACGUUUUCACUUUCAAAUUAGACGAAGAUUAA